ACAAACAAUUUUUACGAAGUCGUCACAAUCCCAAAUACUGCUAGCGGUCCAACGCGUUGUGUGUGUGAAAGGGAAAUCGGAGUUGUGAAAUCGAAAAGUGCAGUAUAUGCGCCAAGUACAGUGGCCAAUAAAGACCAAACUCCAUUGCCAACAAACUGAUUGCACCUUAUCAAUGUGACUUUAGAACUGCUCAGCAAACAACAAUAAUAAAUAAAUAGCAAUGAAUCUGGAGUCGUUGAAAAUGCGCAGCUUGCCGAAGGUACCGGUAUCAAAGCAGAGUUCUUUUGCUAGCGCCAAAAAGUCGUCGGAGAAGAAAUUCAGUGAAGAUGAAACCAAAACAAUAAGUGAGUUGAAGAAGCUUUACUUGGAAACAAUUAAGCUCGAUGUGGAAUUGCAAAAGGAAAUUUAUAAUAUGGAGAAAUCAUUCGAGACGAAGCAUAAUGCAAUUUUCGAAAAGCGCAACAAGAUACUCGAUGAUUUUCGUAAAAAGACACACGGCCACUCGACCGCUGAGAGUAAUGUGUCCAAUUUUUGGUUGCGUGUUCUUAAAGCUUCUUAUACUGAAUUCAUAAGUAAAAAAGAUGAAAAAAUACUAAUGCAUCUCACCGAUAUACGCUCAACACUGUCCAAUGAUCCGAUUGUCAAGUUUACAAUUGAAUUUCAUUUUGAAUCGAAUGAUUUCUUUUCGAAUCGCAUUUUAACGAAAACAUACUUUUUGAAUUGUUUACCCGAUGCGGACGAUCCACUGUCAUAUGAUGGAGCUGAAAUUUAUAAAUGUGAAGGUUGUAAAAUUGAUUGGAAGCAAAAUAAUAGUGAAAAGGACAAAAAGCCUUACACCUCGUUUUUUGACUUUUUCAUUCCGCCAACACUGCCAGAGGAUACGGAGGAUCCAAAUUAUAGUGACAUAAAUGCUAUUUUGCAAAACGAUUUUGAGCUCGGUUUCUAUCUAAAGGAGCGUGUAAUACCAAAAGCUGUCAUGUUUUUCACCGGCGAGAUUGCCGACUGCCAAAGUUCUGACUCUGAGUCUGAGGAUACAGAUGAAGAUGAUGACGACGACGAUGACGAUGAUGAUGAUGACGACGAGGAAGAGUCUAUAAAUGAGCCGAAUGAUUAGUGAAUCUAUAAUUAUAGUCUAUAUUUAUUCAAAUAUUACUAUAUUUCUUACACACUGUAAAAACUACCGUUGCAUUGCAGUAAUGUAGUAAAAUUACAAUAAUUCUGAAUAAAAAUUAUCGUCAGCGUAUAUAUAUCAUAUGUGACUAUUAAAAAUAAAA